UGAAAAAAGGGCUAAUGUAGUGCCAACCUGCACAGGUAUGAACCUGGGGGAACAAACAACUAAUUUACCCAUUUGUGCAUUCGAGAUCAAAACAAAGAGAAAGGUUCCCCCUGAGAGAGGAGGAGGGCGAAAGAUGUAAGACUGCACAGAGGAAGGGAUGAGAAGGAGAGAGAAACAGAGGGAGAGAGAAGAAUCAGGUUGUUCUACCCAGCCCCUCUCCAACAGACCCAUUCCUCGCCUCCUUCAGGCCGAGCGGAGCAGCAGCACGAGCAGGAGGAUUUAACGGAGGAUAACGCGCAUCAGUAGGAUCGGAGAUUUCUGGGAGGUUGUUCGCCGAAGACGGGCCGGACGAAAGGAUAUAGUAGCUAAAAUAAGUAGUUGCCAUUACAAAGAAGAGAGAGAGGAGAACAAGUCAAUCCGAAACCGCGUACGAUAGAUUCCGGGGUUCUGCACAACUACUGGACGGCUUUGCACCUGUGCGUUGUGCCUGUACUCUUUUCCGUGGCGAUAAAAGUGCGUAAGAUUGAUAGCGUUUUUACGCACGGUGACACGGUGCCGAGCUGGAGAGACGCGGAUACUGUCCUGGACGCACGAUGCUGAUCGGUACAUCGGCCCAGGGCAGCCCCCUUCUGGCUUCCCUCCCCAUCCCGGGACGGCCUCUGCAGCCUCAGCUCGACCUCAAACACCUUCUGCCCUUCAGACUCAAUGGAUCCUCUCCCCUCAACCUCUUCCCUAACUUUAACACGAUGGACCCUGUCCAGAAGGCAGUGAUCAACCACACGUUCGGUGUUCCUCAGCCCCUGAAGAAGAAACAGAUUAUCUCCUGCAACAUAUGCCACCUGCGCUUUAACUCAACGAACCAAGCAGAGGCCCAUUACAAGGGCCACAAGCACGCCCGGAAGCUCAAAGCCAUGGAGACCCAGAAGAACAGACAGCGACGAGCCGGGGAGGCCCUGUCCUCGGGAAGGGAGAGAGACCGAGACAGAGACCGGGGACGCGAUCGGGACAGUUGCAAGACGUCCACAUCCGAGGCCGCUCUUCCUGCGCUCAUGGAUACAAGCUUGGUGGAGGGAGCAAGCCUUCAGUCCGAGCAAGAAGCAGCCAUCGUGGAGGAAAAGAUAGAAGAGAGUCCCGGGAGCUCAGUCAUGCAGACGCUGGCGUCCGAGGUUUCCUCUGCCGAGUCGGUCACCCUUUCCCCUCCUCAGACAUCGCCUUCCACAAACCUCUCAGAGAUGGCCUCAGACACGAUCGAGGUCCCGGACGCCGCCGAGGCCGUGGGCCCCAUCGCCGAGUCCGGCAGCAAUGCAGACACGUCCAGCGUGAAGGAGGAGCCCCAAACGGAUGAGGACAUGGACCCUAAAAAGAGCAAGGCUCACCUCCAUUGUCCUGUCUGCAAAGUCACAAUGAACUCCACCUCCCAACUGGAAGCACACAACAGCGGUACGAAGCACAAGCUGAUGCUUGAAGGUCACAGUGUUCUGCCUCGACGCAGAGGGAAGGUGGUGGCGGCUCGCGCGGGCUGCAAGAGCAAGAGGCUGGCUAGCAAAGGCAGCGUCGGGGUGCCCAGCAAGAGCUUUCAGUGUGAAGUGUGCGAGAUCUUUGUGAACUCUGAGACCCAGCUUAGCCAGCACAUGAAUAGCAGAAGGCACAAGGAUAGGCUGGCUGGAAAACCACCCAAACCCAAAUUCACCCCCCACAGCAAGAGCCUGCCAAGCACCAGCUUAGCGAACGUCAGAUGGAGUAGCUAUGCGGGCGUGGCUGUGUCCGCCAUGAAGAAAGCGUUCAGCCAGUACAAUCUCACCUCGCUUUCCUCACAGACUAAACUGGCCUUGCAGAAGCAGCUGACCAAGAGCUUGACAGCAGGCUUCCUGCCCAGCCCCCUCUCCCAGCCAACUCUGUGCACACUGGCUACUAACCCCCUGGCUCUGCGCCACCCAAUGGGGCCCACCACCUUCAUCCAGAGCCCCUUCCUGGGCCCUGCACUGUUUCGGCCGGCCCCGGGGCCGCUGCGGGCCACGCACACACCCAUCAUCUUCUCCCCCUACUAAAGACUGGCCCCACUUCCCGAUUGAGCUCCACCCUCGUUCCCUUUACCAAACCCCAGGCCCUCCUUUAGUGUGACCCAAAUGACAAAGGCCACACGCAAACUAUGCAGCCCGCCUGACUUACAAUGGAAAGAGUGCACAAGUCCUGAUGCUCCGUAGGCUGUAAGGCCCGAGAGCUGUUCCUAUCAUAAAGGCCAAGAUCCCCCAUCAUGCCUUCUUUCUGCUCCUCUUAUCGUGACCUAAGGAGCAGCACAGGCCUCCAGACAGUGACUGGAUGCACAGAGGUCGCUUUUAUAGCCAUUUCAUGGGUCAACAUGGUUUGGAAUAUUAUAUUAUUGUGUAAUUUAUUAGAGAAAAAAAUAGACAUGUCUAGAUGUAUGUUUAGUGUGGUUGCCACAAAAUAAGGUCCCUUUACUUGAUGCUCUUUUAAAAAGGUUUUUUUUUUUUUUUUACUUUUUGGCUUUGGGGAUUUCACGGAAAGGUGGGAGGGUCAUAGGUCAUUACAGAAGAUGUAACAAAGGCCUCGUCAUUGGGAGGACGGACCUCUCUCAUUGAUCAGUGUUUUCAAUCAACAAUCUUAAUGGACUAUCUGAGGUGGAUUACUGUUCACGUUUCAUGUAUAUUAUGGCUAUUAUCAAACAGUCCUGUGAGUGGUAUGUACAUCUGCCUAUAUUAAAACCCUGCUUCAUCUCGCAACUUUAUUGCUGAGUCACAGCCAUCGUAAAAAGAUGGUCCAGAUUUAUGUUUUUUUUCCUUCCCCAUAUCCGCAGGAUUAAGCACUCAUUAAGGUUGAGAAAAGGUCAGCUGUCAACUUAACUUUGUUUCAAUUCGCUUAUCUGACUCAUUUUCUUCAUUUUGUGAAUCAUUCGCGCAAUGCAGCUCGAACAUUAUGUUCUAGCCAAGCUAGUGUCGCAAAAACAUUCCCCCAGCUAUUGAUGUCUUGUGUUACAAAGUGCCAUCGUUUCAUUCACUUGUGAUCGCUCUUUCUUUCUGUUUCAUUCCUCCGUCACCACGUUGGCACCUCGCUGUGGACGGUGAUUUUCUGUGGCGUGUUCUUAGUCUGAGAUGAUGAUAAUAAUGAGGAGGAGGAGGAGGAGGAGCCACACAAACACUAACGCACACAGAAUGAGAACACGAGGGACAACUUGUAGACUUGAUGGGAUUUCAGUGCUCACUGAAAAGUUUAAUUGACAACCAGUGUCAUCGCACAAGGUGGGAGGAAACACAGCACAGUGCCAUGGCAACCACAUUAAAGGCACCUUAAAGCUGAUUUUACUUUAAAAAGUACAGACCAUUGUUUUGAUAUUUGCCUUUCCUUUGCCCUGGGUGCAUGUUUUUGCACAUCAAUUUAAUUUGGAAGAAAAAAGUGGGAUCCACUCACAUUAUGGUUUAUCCAUAACUAAGAAAAGUCUUACAUUCAAAGCAAUACAUUCGGUGUGUUCAUGUCUAUGAUGUGUUUUCAGUGUGUUGAUGGCUUUUCUCUACUCUACACCGGUCCCACCUGUAACAAUGUAUUAUGUACUCCGACACAGCCAAGGGCCCACUCUGAAUCCGGCGGUCAUUUGGAACGAGGGGUGGUCCCGUCGCCGCUGCCCUUGAUGCUCGAGGCUCUCGGGCCUUCUCCACGUUCUGUGACUGUGGGCUGAGCCGUUCCCUUCAGAGCGGCUCUCGCGCUGCAGAGAGGGGGCUUGACAUUGCUGUUUCCCCCCCUUUUUUUGUGCAGCAGGAGGGCUUCUUUAUGAUUUCCACUGAGCAGCAUUACGUCAGUGACGAGUGUUUGGAGAUAAGUGCAACUGUCAAACUGUUUUUGUGUGUGCUGUCUAACCCCCCCACCCCUCCCCUACCCCCGCCCUCGAAGAUAUCUACUAACUCUCAGCCAAAAAACGGACUGUUGGCAAGGUUUCAUAUGGACUCUGGGCUUAAACAUCAUCCUCUCAUCGGCACUCCUCCCACAUGGCGUACUCUUACAUUACAGUAGUGGAGGUAAUCCUAUGCAUUUCUCAUUGUGCAAUAUGUAUAGUUGUCGUGUGAUGCAGCAGUGCCAUCUGUCGUAGAAACCUUGUAAUUGCCAUGCAGUGCUAGUGGUUCUCCAAACCCGUGGUCAUACGGUAUGUGUAUUUCUGUUUAAUGACCCCUAAGUAUUUCUGGGUAAGCGAGGCCAUACUGAUGUGAAUCUCCCCCGUCGCACUACUCAGUGAACCAGACAGCCUUUAAUCUUCACUGUUUGUUUGUUUCUAAUCGCUCAGUGGGACCUCUAACCUUACAAACUGAAACCUUCUUUAAAAAAAAUGAUAUAGACAAGGCAAAUUAUAUGUAGAAAUCAUUAGAGGAACUAUAGAGAUUUUAUCAGAGUUGCUAUUGUUAUCUGUAUCAUAAUCGACUGCUAUCAUAGAGGGGAGUAGAAGACGUUAUCGGAGGCUCUGUACGGAAUACAGACAGAGGAAAAAUGCUUUGCUGUCUUUAGUUGUUUGUUUAUUUACAUGGUUUUGACAAUAUGUUUUUUUAUUUUAAGUACAACACAAAAUAUUUAAAGCAAACGUUUUUUUGAGUGAGCUUUUCUUUUCUGAAUUAAUAAUGUAAUUCAAGGCCUUUUUAGACAAUAUCCUAAAGUCACAUUAGCCAGGCCUUCUCAGGGGUGACGGGUUGAGCGAAUGCUAACAUGACCAUCCAUUCAGGGUAUCCCUCCAUUGCUCCGGAGAGCAGGAAACACUGUACUCGUGGAUGGAUUGACGAAAAAGCAACAAUAUUUACAGUGCGGUACCACAGAGAGGAUAAAGGAUGGAUUUUGGAAAAUAAAGCUUUUAGAACUUGUAAAAGAAUUGGUUUCAAU